AUGGAUGUUAAACUUGCUUUUCUCCAUGGUGACUUGGAUGAAGAAAAUUAUAUGGAGCAGCCGGAAGGUUUUGAAGUCAAGGGAAAAGAGAAUUAUGUUUGCAAAUUGAAGAAGAGCUUGUAUGGCUUAAAACAAGCUCCCAGGCAAUGGUACAUGAAGUUUGGUUCUUUAAUGAGUCAGCAGGGCUUCAAGAAGACUUCUUCAGACCAUUGUGUUUUUGUGCAAAAAAUCUCUGAUGCAAGACAGAUUCUUGGCAUGCAGAUUGUCCGUGAUAGAGAUGCUAAGAAGUUGUGGUUGUCACAAGAGAAGUAUAUUCAGAAAGUACUUUGUAGAUUCAACAUGGACAACGCUAAGGUUGUCAAUACACCUUUAGCUAUGCACUUCAAAUUGAGUACUAGACAUUGUCCUUCCAGUGAUGGUGAGAAGGAAGAUAUGAAGAAAGUUCUUUAUGCUUCAGUUGUUGGCAGUUUGAUGUAUGCAAUGGUUUGUAUAAGACCAGAUAUUGCUCAUGCUGUUAGUAUUGUUAGUCGUUUUCUUUCUAAUCCGGGAAGAGAGCAUUGGAAUGUUGUUAAGUGGAUUAUGAGAUAUCUUUGUGGCACUUCUAGUUUGAGUUUGUGUUUUGGUACAGGGAAGCCUAUUCUUUGUGGCUCCACUAAUUCAGACAUGGCUGGUGAUGUUGAUACUCAGGCUAAACUUAUUGCUGCUGUUGAAGCUUGCAAAGAGUUGAUAUGGAUGAAGAGAUUUUUGGGGGAACUUGGUUGUGCUUAA